GGUCAAACAGCGAUGACAGCUGAAUGUCGUUGGGGAAGAUGACAUACACUAACAGUUUGCAUUGGAAGUUGCUUCUUCAUAUCUACCCAUAUCAGUGAUAUUCAGUGUAACUCCCCAAUGCUGUAACGACGUCGAGAUCUUGUAUCCGCUUGGUUUAUAGCAACAAUAUGUCUGAAGACGUCACCACGAGCUCGGAGGACGAGCUGGAAUGUCGACCACAAAAUAUCAUUGCGGUCAUCGAUGAGUUGGAAGAAAUUGAUUCGUUGUUGGACAGUGUACCUCUGAAGACAACUUCAAACGGAAACCAACAACCACCAUUAGAUGCGCCAAGACACGGUAAUCAUGACAUCUCAGAAAGGAGACCGCUUGUCAAAACAACAACAUACACAUCCUUGGCCAAACUUAAAGAUAAUCAGAAAAGACGACAAGAUUCCAUCACAGAUGAAAAGAUUGUUAUAAAGAAAAAUGUUAAAUCUUUCUACAAGAAGCAAGAUGCCCUGAUUAAGAUGUUAUCAGAUGCGAUAGAUCAGAUUGAGAGUGGUCUUGAUGCUGAUACCAGCAAUAAAUGGAUUGCUAGAGCUGCUGCUUUGAGUUUCUUUAUGAAUCUUUUACUAUUGGUUGCUAAGGUGAUCGCUGCUUAUCUCUCUGGGUCAAUAUCAAUCAUUUCCAGCUUGGUUGACAGUGCCAUUGAUCUGGUGUCUGGCGUCAUCAUAUUCGCAUCUGGUAGAUCGAUCAAGAAAACCAAUAUCUACAAAUACCCAAUAG